AUAAAAAUUUCAAAAUAAAACGUAUUUAUCGUGUUUUUAAUCGAAUAAUAAUUAAAAAUCGUAUUAAUAUUACGUCAAAAACACUAUUUUCGUCAUAAAAGAUCAAUUUUAUUUAGUUGUUGAUAAAUUCUGUGAUUUAUAAUUUAAAUAACAUAACCUUCAAAAAGGUAUUUGAACAAUGUAUUUUUGUGCGUAAUUUUAAAGACUUCUGUCGCAAAGAAACGACUUGUAAUUAAAGGAACUGAUUAAAAAGUACUCACAAGAUGAGUGUGCGUAUAUUUACCGGUCGUUCAUACACUAGAAUUAGAUCUUUUUGCAGAAAUAGUUCUAGUACCGCAAGUAAACCGUAUAGAAAGCCGUUGUAUAAGCGGGAUGAAGCGAAAAAGUUACGUUUUUAUAUAGCGGAUCGAUAUGUAACUUUAUUAACCAAAUAUGAAACAAUGUUGGAGAAACGAUUUCCGAGUGCCAUGAGAGUUUAUAGACGAUUCAUGGACGGGAUUAAAGACUUUUAUUAUGACACAAAAGAGUACUUGAGGAUUGUGCGUUACUUAAACUUUAAGGAUAAAGGUUUAAAAGAUUUAAGUCGACAAGAAAUCGAGUUGUACCAAAAAAUUCCAAAAGAUAUGAUCAAAAUUGCGCCGUUUUUAAUGGUUUCGAUCUUACCUUUUGCUAAUUACGUCGUUUUUCCUAUUGCGUAUUUAUUUCCAAGGCAAGUGCUUUGCUCGCAUUUUUGGAACAUCCAACAACGGAAUGAAUUUGGAAUUAUGGAAAUCCACAAAAGAUUAUUACACAAUCGACCAGUAUUUAGACAUUUACAAGCGGCUGUGCCUUGCUUGGAAAAUCACGAAUUAAAGGAUAAAUGGAAGGGUAUUUUAGCAUCAUUAGGAAGUGGUUCGCAUCCGAAUCCAACUGAAAUUUUAGCUUGUAAAAAUUUGUUUAUGGAAAAACCGUUUCAUAUAUUUUAUUUAAAUAGAAGUCAUGUUAAACAUUUACUUCAAAUGCAUAAUAUGCAUCGAAUGUGGUUUAGGAAAUCGAGGCUCUCUGAAAGGGCGAUAAUUUUACAAGCUUUGGAUCGAGCGAUAGUGAGAGAGGGGGGUGUUAUGAAAUUAUCAACGGAUGCUUUAAGAUAUUCUUGUGUGUUGAGAGGUUUAAAUCCCAUGAAUUUAAGCAAUCAAGAAAUGCAAACAUGGUUAUCAAAUUGGAUAUGGAUUUCGAAUCAUGUUGAUAAAAAUUCAUUGUCUUUAUUGUUGCAUUGCCCCAUUUUAUUGGGUUAUAAUCAUCCAAAUAAUUGGAGACUUAUUUACGCAAAGAAAUGACAAUUAACUUCGGAAACCUUGUAUUAUUUAUAAGGUUAAGUUUUUUUAAUUAUUAUUUAAUUCUUAUAUAUUUAUGGAAAGUUCCUUGUUGAGUUCAUUUCACCUUGUUGAUUAUAUUAAAAAUAAUAAACAUAUUUCAAAAACUA